AUGAAACUGUACUGUCUAAGCAGCGAUGCAGCAAAACCAUGCUUUGUGCUGUCAUUCAAAGAAUUACUUAUAAUGCUGGACUGCGGGCUAUCGGCUCACUCGGUGCUGAACUUCCUUCCUCUCCCACCGGUGCCGAGCACCCGGCUAGCGUCCUUACCAAACUACACUCCACCACACGUCAAUGAUCCAUUACUUGAAGGGGAAUUAAAGGAGUGCUGUGGACGAGUGUUUGUGGACAGCAUACCAGAGUUCUGUCCGCCACUCGACAAAGUAAUAGACUUCUCACAGCUGGACGUCAUCCUCAUCUCCAACUACACCUGCAUGAUGGCGCUACCCUUCAUCACCGAGGAGACCGGUUUCAAGGGCCAGGUGUAUGCCACGGAACCCACUCUGCAGAUAGGAAGGUUCUACCUGGAGGAGCUGUCGGAGUGGGUGUCGGCGCCCGGCGGCGGCGGCGCGGCGCGGCGCUGGAAGGAGCUCGUGCACCUGCUGCCGGCGCCGCUGGCGUCCGCCGCGCGCCCGCGCGCCUGGCGCCGCCUGUUCGGGCCCGCGGCGCUGGCGCGGGCGCUGGCGCGCGUGCGCGUGGUGGGCUACGACGAGCGCGUCGACGUGUACGGCGCGCUGGACGCCACGGCCGUCAGCUCCGGCUUCUGCCUCGGCUCGGCCAACUGGGUGCUGCGCUCGGCGCACGAGAAGGUGGCCUACGUGAGCGGCUCCAGCACGCUCACCACGCACCCGCGCCCCAUCAACCAGGCGGCGCUGCGCGGCGCCGACCUGCUGGUGCUGGCGGCGCUCACGCAGACGCCGGCGCACAACCCCGACCACAUGCUGGGCGACCUGUGCGUGCACGCCACCGUCACGCUGCGCGCCGGCGGCUCCGUGCUGUGCCCCGUGUACCCGAGCGGCGUGCUGUACGACCUGCUGGAGUGCCUGUCGGCGCACCUGGAGGGCGCGGGGCUGGCGCACGUGCCGCUCUACGUCGUGUCGCCCGUGGCCGACUCGUCGCUCGCCUACAGCAACAUCCUGGCCGAGUGGGUGUCGGUGGGCAAGCAGGCGCGCGUGUACCUGCCCGAGGAGCCCUUCCCGCACGCGGCGCUGGUGCGCGCCGGCCGCCUGCGCCACGCGCGCUCGCUGCACGACGACGCCUUCAGCGCCGACUUCCGCCAGCCGUGCGUCGUCUUCUGCGGACACCCGAGCUUACGUUUCGGCGCGGCGGUUCACCUCGUCGAACUGUGGGCCAAUAACCCGGCGCACGCGAUCAUCUUCACGGAGCCCGACUUCCCGUACGCGGAGGCCCUCGCGCCGUUCCAGCCGCUGAGCAUGAAGGCGUUCCACUGCCCCAUCGACACGUCGCUCAACUACUCGCAGGCCAACAAGCUGGUGCGCGAGCUGCGGCCGCGCGAGCUGGCGCUGCCGGAGCAGUACGCGGCGGGCGGCGCGCGGCCGCACAUCAGCGCCGACGUGCCCACGGUGGUGGUGCGGCGCGGCGCGGCGCGCUCGCUGGCCGUGCGGCGCCGCGCCGCGCGCGCCACGCUGUGCGGCGCGCUGGCGGCGCGCGCGGCGCCCCGCGAGCUGCGCGCCGGCCUGCGCUGCGCGGCGCUGAGCUGCGCGCUGCGCGUGCGCGACGCGCGCCUGGAGCUGCUGGCGCCGCCGGGGCCCGCCGCGCCCGCGCCGCGCCUGCACUGGAGCGCGCUGGACGUGGAGGCGCUGGUGCGCGCGCUGGCGCGCGAGGGCGUGGCCGAGGCGCGCGUGGAGGCGGGCGCGGAGGGCGCCAUCGUGCACCUGCCGCGCCACGACACGCUGGUGCACGUGGAGCGCCACGCCACGCACGUGUUCUGCGAGGGCCGCGCCGACGUGCGCCAGGCGCUGCGCCGCGCGCUCGCCGCCUGCCUGCCGCACAUCUAGCCGCACUCGAGCCGUCUCGGUGUCUAGUUGCGCUCCCGUGCGACCCCGUCGAAUGAAGGUUAUAUUAAAGCUUACUUUUGA